UUAAAAUCCUCCCCGCCACUCAGAAACAGAAUCAGUUGAGUGAAGCGGCAUGGCUAUGGCAUUUGAAACGAGUCGCUUUUAUCUAUCGCGCCCAACUUCCUCAACACGCUUCUUAUUCUCCUCCAAUCCCACACGACCCACACCUGUUUCGCUUCCUUCUCGAUUCUUCCAUUGCGGACCGAAACGCCUCGUUUUGGCGCCGAGAUUCGCCGUCAAAGCUUGCGCGGUGAACGUCGAGGAGAAGAAUGUCGCCGGAAAAUCAGGAGCGUGGGGGAAGGUUUCCGCGGUGUUGUUCGACAUGGACGGCGUGCUCUGCAACAGCGAAGAGCCUUCCAGAAGAGCCGCCGUCGAAUUGUUCGCCGAAAUCGGCGUCCAAGUCACCGUCGACGAUUUUGUGCCAUUCAUGGGAACCGGAGAAGCGAACUUUUUGGGAGGUGUUGCUUCUGUUAAGGGAGUUAAAGGAUUUGACCCAGAAGCUGCAAAAAAAAGGUUCUUUGAAAUAUAUUUAGAUAAGUAUGCCAAACCAGAUUCUGGAAUAGGAUUUCCAGGUGCCCUCGAACUCAUUUCUCAGUGUAAAAGCAAUGGGCUUAAAGUGGCUGUUGCAUCUAGUGCUGAUCGUAUAAAGGUUGAUGCAAAUCUAGCUGCCGCUGGUUUACCAUUGUCAAUGUUCGAUGCGAUUGUGUCUGCAGAUGCUUUUGAGAAUUUGAAACCUGCUCCUGAUAUUUUCUUAGCUGCAUCAAGAAUAUUGAAUGUGCCCCCCAGUGAGUGCAUUGUUGUAGAAGAUGCGCUAGCUGGAGUGCAAGCUGCCAAAGCUGCACAAAUGAGAUGCAUAGCUGUAAGGACCACAUUAUCAGAUGAGGCUUUGGAAUCUGCUGGCCCAACACUUAUCCGAGAUGACAUAGGAAGUGUUUCACUUGAUGAUAUUCUAAGUGGUGGCUCUGUUGGAUAUAAUAAGAGGAUGCAGGGCUCUGAAACACUAAAUAAUUUUGCACAACCUUCAUCUUCUAUACUUGCUGGAGGGUUGCAGGGUUCUCGGCGAGAAAUACUGAGAUUUGGAAGUCUGGGCAUUGCUAUCUCUUGCCUUUUCUUCACCCUAAGCAACUGGAAGGCAAUGCAAUAUGCUUCCCCUAAAGCAGUUUUGAAUCUGUUGUUUGGUGUUACCCAGCCACCCUUGGAGAAGAAAGAAGAUAACUCAAGAGAUGAUAGGAUCCAGCAAUUUGUGAACUACAUAUCUGAACUGGAAAGCAGGGGAAAUGCUCAGAUUGUUCCAGAAUUUCCAUCUAAACUUGAUUGGCUGAAUACAGCUCCACUUCAGUUUCACAGGGAUCUGAAAGGGAAAAUUGUACUGCUAGAUUUCUGGACUUAUUGUUGUAUAAACUGUAUGCACGUGUUGCCAGACCUAGAUGUUUUGGAGAAAAAAUACAAAGAUAUGCCGUUCAUUGUUGUGGGUGUUCAUUCUGCAAAGUUUGAUAAUGAGAAAGAUUCUGAAGCCAUUCGCAAUGCAGUACUACGCUAUGGAAUUUCUCACCCGGUUGUCAAUGAUGGAGACAUGUAUCUUUGGCGGGAGUUGGGUAUAAAUUCAUGGCCAACAUUUGCUAUUGUUGGCCCCAAUGGUAAGCUUCUUGCACAACUUGCAGGAGAAGGUCACAAGAAGGAUCUAGAUGAUUUUGUGGAGGCUGCACUUCUGUUUUAUGGAAAACAGAACAUGUUAGACAAUACGCCGAUUUCAUUGAGUUUGGAAAAAGAUAAUGAUCCACGCCUAUCAACAUCUCCACUCAAGUUUCCUGGAAAACUAGCAAUUGAUGUCCUUAAUAACAGACUUUUUAUUUCUGACAGCAACCAUAACCGCAUAGUGGUUACUGACUUUGAUGGGAAUUUUAUUGUACAAAUUGGGAGCAGUGGGGAGGAAGGUUUGCAGGAUGGUUCCUUUGAUGAUGCUACUUUUAACCGACCUCAGGGCCUUGCUUAUAAUGCAAAGAAAAAUAUCCUUUAUGUUGCAGACACCGAAAACCAUGCCUUGAGGGAAAUUGAUUUUGUUAAUGAGAAAGUGUGGACUCUUGCUGGAAAUGGGACCAAGGGCUCUGAUUAUGUUGGAGGUGGAAAAGGAGAUACUCAGCUCCUCAAUUCCCCUUGGGAUGUCUGCUUUCAUCCAUUUGAAGAAAAAAUUUAUAUUGCCAUGGCUGGCCAACAUCAGAUUUGGGAGCACAAUUUAUUGGAUGCAACUACAAAAUCAUUCAGUGGUGAUGGAUAUGAGAGAAAUUUAAAUGGAUCAAGUUCUACAAGCACAUCAUUUGCACAACCUUCUGGUCUUUCACUGUCUCAAGAUCUAAGGGAGAUCUACAUCGCUGAUAGUGAGAGUAGUUCAGUUCGAGCUAUUGAUCUGAAAACAGGAGGAUCUCGGUUGUUAGCUGGUGGUGACCCACUCUUCCCUGACAAUUUGUUUAAGUUUGGUGAUCAGGAUGGAAUAGGCUCUGAGGUACUUCUUCAACAUCCAUUGGGGGUUAUGUGUGGAAAUGAUGGUGAAAUUUAUAUUGCAGAUAGCUACAAUCACAAGAUCAAGAAGCUGGAUCCAACUAGUAAAAGAGUUAGCACCAUUGCAGGGACUGGGAAAGCUGGUUUCAAAGAUGGAACAGCUGUAAAAGCUCAGCUCUCUGAACCAUCAGGAAUUGUAGAAGGCAACCAGGGGAGAUUAUUUAUAGCCGACACAAACAACAGCUUAAUUCGAUAUCUUGAUUUAUACACUGGUGAAUCUGAACUCCGUACGUUGGAGCUUAAAGGAAUUCAACCUCCUAAACCAAAAUCAAGAUCUUUUAAACGUCUUAGACGACGAACAUCAGCCGACACAAUGCCAAUUAGCAUAGAUGCUAUUUCAUCGAAUGAGGGGAACUUGUUUAUUAAAAUAUUAUUACCAAAUGAGUAUCACUUUUCAAAGGAAGCACGCAGUAGAUUCAGUGUUGAUAUUGAACCUGAAGAUGCUGUGAAUAUUGACCCCCUUGAUGGAUCCCUUAGUCCAGAAGGAUCUGCAACUCUUCACUUUAAGAGAUCUUCUAACUCUGCUUCAAUGGGAAGAAUUAAUUGCAAGGUUUACUAUUGCAAGGAAGAUGAAGUUUGUUUGUACCAGUCUUUGCUGUUUGAGGUCCCCUUCCGAGAGGGAGUUUCUAACCCUGCCAAAGCUGAUGUCACUCUUGCACAUAUUGUGAAACCCAAAACUUCAACCAGCAACAUACUGCAGCCAGUUGCCCCGUGAGUCCGUGACACCUUAAACCAGGUUCUUCUAGCUCUUCAUUCUCUUGCUCAUCUUUUGCCUAUUUUUCUGUACAUAAUAAUAUUCAAAUGCCCGAGAGUCAUAUUUUUUCUGAAUACAAUCCAUCGUAACUAACAAAAAUCAAGGUUUUUGUCUGCCCUUUCUGGCUACUUUAAAGAUGUUGUCAUCAUUGUGUAAUCAUUUAUUUUUAUUAUAUAUAUACUCACAUUAUUAUAACGGUUGUCUUGCGGAUAAGCAAGGAUGGAUUGUCUA